GACCCUCUCAUCAGUUGGAUGGACAGGGAGACGCGCGCCUUCGCCGAGAGCCACUUCCGACGCCUCCGCGGACGGCCCGCGGGCGGGGUGGGCGCGACGCCGGGCCGCGUGGACUUCAUCGAGAGCCCGGACUCCUUUUCCUACGCCGACUUCUUCAAGGGCUACCUGCUGCCCAACGUGCCGUGCGUUUUCUCCAGCUCCUUCACCGAGGGCUGGGGCAGCCGCAGGCGCUGGGUGACGCCGGGCGGGAAGCCGGCCUUCGAGCACCUGCUGCGGAACUACGGAGACGUGGUCGUCCCUGUGGCCAACUGCGGGGUCCGGGAGUACAAUUCCAACCCCAAGGAGCACAUGCUCCUCCGAGACUACAUCAGCUACUGGAAAGACUACAUCCAGGGGGGCUACUCCUCCCCGCGCGGCUGCCUCUACCUCAAGGACUGGCACCUGUGCAGGGACUCCUCGGCCGAGGACGUGUUCACCCUGCCUGUGUACUUCUCCUCCGACUGGCUCAAUGAGUACUGGGACGCCCUGGACGUGGACGACUACCGCUUUAUCUACAUGGGGCCUGCUGGCACCUGGUCACCGUUCCACGCCGACAUCUUCUGCUCCUUCAGCUGGUCUGUCAACAUCUGUGGGAGGAAAAAGUGGUUCUUCUUCCCUCCGGGGCAAGAAGAAGCCCUUCGGGAUUGCCACGGUGGCCUGCCCUACGACGUGACCUCGCCCGCGCUGCUUGACAGCCGCCUGUACCCCAUGCGCAAGCACUGCAGCCCACCCCUGGAGCUCACGCAGGAGGCGGGAGAGAUGGUCUUCGUGCCCAGCGGGUGGCACCACCAAGUCCACAACCUGGAGGACACCAUCUCCAUCAAUCACAACUGGGUCAAUGGCUGUAACCUGGCCAAUAUGUGGCACUUCCUGCAGCAAGAGCUCCGGGCCGUGCAGCAGGAGGUCAGCCAGUGGAGGGACACUAUGCCUGACUGGGACCAUCACUGCCAGGUCAUCAUGAGGUCCUGCUCCGGGAUCAAUUUUGAAGAAUUUUACCACUUUCUCAAGAUCAUUGCUGAAAGGAGGUUGCUGCUUCUGGCGAAAGAGCUGGGCCCUGGUGACAUUGAGGGCAGUGCGGGCAAGGGGCUGGGCCCCCAGCAGGCUGCUUUUGAUGUCAGCCGGAUUGCAGAGGUGCUGGCCUCUGUGGUGGCCCACCCCGACUUCCAGAGAGUGGACACUAGCAUGUUCUCACUGCAGCCGGGGGAGCUCCUCCAGCAGCUGGAGGAGGUCGUGGCUGCCACUGCCUCUCUUUAGGGCAUGAGGCUUGCAUCAGGCGGGGCCCCGAGGCACCGGCACGGAAGGCAGGCAGUCUCUUCCACAGCACCUUCCAGAAAUAAAGCUCUGUGCUACUGUGUGGCAUGAGACAGGUCACCUUCCCGCGGAGCCUCGUGGCCUCAGGUG